AUAUUCAUUAACUAAGACGACGACGACGACGAAGACUACGACAUGUAUUUAAGUCCAGUGCCAGAAAAGUCGACAAAAACUAAGUCCGAGCCUAAACAACAACAGUCCCAACAACCAGUGGUUUAUAGCCAUGUGAUCAGCGGUGGCAGCGGCGGCGGUGGCGGUGGCGGCGGCAGUAGCAGUGGCGGCGAUGGACCAUCAAAACCGUUUGAUUGGCAAAAAAAUCAGUCGUCCAGACACUCAAAGAUAAGAAAAGGUCGUCACCGAAAGCCAAGCUAUUGUAGCGAUUCGGAGACCGAAAGCAGUACCGGCUGUGCACACGCCUACGACGAUCUUUGUCUAACUGUUCCCAAUACGAAAAAAUGGAGUCUACCGUUGCCGGCCGGUCCACGAGGCAGCGAAUCCGAUAGCACCAGUAGUUCGUGGAGUGCCCGAUCGGCCGACGAAACUACCGAAGACGAACGAAGUCCUAUUCCCAGUCCCAGUGCCUCAACACAGAGCUGUGAGGCACUGAUAUCUGAGACACAGUCGUCGGCCGACGAGAUUAAAGCCAAAUGGAAACGACCGAAAAAGAUAUCAAAAGCGGCCGAAACUCAUAAAUUGCAGCGAAUGAAGACAACAAACUACGGGAGGUGUAAGAUAUGCGAUACUUAUGUCUACUUUUGGGGCUUUCAAUGUACUGAGUGUCAACUAAUAAGCCAUAAAAAAUGCUUGAAAAAGAUGACAAUAAUGUGUCCGAAAGCACCCUUACCGCCCAAAUCAAACAUCAUGAACAUGGAUCUGACACUAACCGACCACGAAGUACCCGUACUGGUGGUCAAGUGUACGCUGGAAAUUGAACGCCGAAGCUGUACAACGCCGGGUAUCUAUCGGAUGACUGGUGUGGCCUCAAGGGUACAGAAAAUAUUGAAAAGUUUUGAAAGCGGUCCGCAUUUGAUCGAUGUUAGCGAUGUUACGCCAAACGAUUUGUGUUCAGUACUGAAAGUAUUUCUACGUGAGCUUAAGAAUCCAUUGAUUACCAAUGAUGUCUACAAAGAGUUUAUAGAUAUCGGCCGCGUAUACAAACGCGACGACGACCUACAGGAGCGCAAAGUCGAUUUGAUUACCGCCCUCCGGUCAGUGGUCGGUAAAUUGCAUAACAAUCAUCGCCAGACACUAACCUAUUUGAUUCAUCAUCUCAAACGUAUAACCAACUAUCACGAACAAAAUAAUAUGUCGCCCAAUAGUUUGGGUAUCAUAUUUGCGCCAACCAUAUUCCGGCCCAGGGAUGCCAUAAACGACUUGUUUACUGAAGUAUUUGAAGCCGGACCCCAGGCCCGGGUUAUUGAACUAAUGAUCACAUUUGUCAAUGAAGUUUUCGGACAUCAGUCGCAAUCGCAUAAGUUUUUGUAUGAAUUUGUUAAUUAA